AGAUUGGUACUGUAAAAUCUGGUUUAGUUUGAAUUCCUAUGUCAAAUCAGCUAUUCGUAGUACGCUUACAUAAUAGCACAGCUCAUACCCAUCGAGAUACAAUAAAAUAAAAAUCUGAUCGCACGGCAUUUUGUUGUACAGUAAGUAGGCGGCGGGCUUCGGGACGACUCACAGAACAGAAAACCUACCUUAGGGCAUAGGCGCGGUUGAUUUAGGCAACUGUGCCGGCUAAAAUCGUCCUGUCCGGUUACCACAGUGUGCGGGGACGACAUCGCUGUUGCAUUAUAUCUGUGCCUAAAAACGACGUAAUAAUUGGCGGUAUACCGCUACUGCUGUAACCGCGGUAACGGUAAUAUAGUAUCAUAUCGCAUUUAUACAUCGUUAUACCGCGGUAAUCUCGAUGGCGGCCGAUACCUAUCGUUCGGGCGCGACGACGACGUCCGUGCCAAUCGCAGCGGUAGUCGCGCGGGCGGUGAUGGUGAUGCUGCUGCUGGCGCAGGCUCCCGGCGCCGAGGCCGUCACCGACGACAUGCUGAAGAUCGCGUGCUCGGACAUGACGCCCAGGCACCCGGGUUACCGGCCGGAGAACAUGCAGGGCGUUCCGUGCCCGUACCGGCUGGUAGUGGACCGGUCCACGCCCGUGGUGCCCGGUAACCUGGUGAACAUCACCCUCACGUCCGUCGGCGUGACCAUGCCGUUCAAGGGGUUCAUGGUGCAGGCGCGGGACCGCGCCGGCCGAGCGCUCGGCACGUUUCUGCCGGAAUGCCGGAACGUGACACAACAUCACAUGAUCAGCUGUUUCAACGGCGACGAACCAUACAACGCAGUGGUUCAGUCAAAUAACAAAUAUAAAAUAACAGAUACUUUCACGUGGGUAGCUCCAUUGUCACUCAAAGGACCUAUACGAUUUAAGUUCACAGUUGUAUUGAAUUUUGAACAUUUCUGGACUAAUGAAGAAACCGAUGAUAUUUCAGUUGCUACACUUUCACCAGAAGAGUUUAAUAUAAAAAAAUCUAUUAAUCAUGAAUACUAUAUUUACAAAUUGUACACUCAAAAUUGCUUUACCUAGUUAAUCAAAUAAUAUAUGUAAUAUAUGUAUUAAUAGUAAAUACCGAGAGUGGUACCUAAUGAAUAAUAUACUGAUAUGUUUUCUUUUAAAUAUAAUAAUGCCAUGAUUAAAAUGCACUAGCUGAUCCUGCACUUGAAAAA